UUUGACAGUUGUGAAAUUGAUUUUGUUCGUCUGUCAGACACCGCUUAAACUGUAGUCUUUUCUUCAGAGCCGGUCAGAUCGUUGUGUAGUAUAGCCGUUCUAAUUGUUAAAAAAUGUCUGACUACGAGAAAUUAGAACAAGCAUUGGUGCAACUUAUACAGUGCUCCAAGGAUGCAGAUAGUGAAGCUAUUGAUGAGAAGUGCUUGACGUCGUCACCAUCCAACGUACUGGGAAGAACAAAUACGCUGAAGGUGGUAACACAGGCAACCGACAAGCUGACUGAGUCGCUGGGCAUUUUGCAUGAGUUCGAAAUGCUGAUGCACGAUAAAACUGCUUCACUGCACAUCAUCUCCAACGAGCUAGUGCUAAACGCUUUGCUCCUUCACGAGCAAAAAAGCGAACUGGUGGAACUUCGGAAAAAAUUAAAAGACAUAUCUGGUAAAUGGUACCAGUCAACGGAAGCGACAGCCAAAAUCGUGGAAAACCUCCAUGCGGCAAUAAAUGAAGUUUAAUCAAUAA